GAAGGAGAGCUCUUUUAGUCACAGAGAUUUCCCGCUGUUCUGUGAGAUCUCCUCACUAUUUUCAUGUUCAACAAAAUGUGGAACACAUGUCCGGUCAUAACUGAAGCCUCCGUUGAGAGCUAGGAACCUUAAAGGAAACCCGCAGGCGUCUUUUCUCCCGUUUGCGCACACAGCGGUUUGUAUAUGCAAACGGUGGUUUACUUCAGGAAGCCAUGGAGGGACUCGUCUAAGGAGGACCCAACAUAAUCAUCUAUUUCCAGUUAUCUUCUGGUUGAUUUUUAUCCUUACACCUCUUCCUGGCAAGAGCCGCCCAUCUCCUUGUGCGCAAUGGCAGAGAAGACCGGACUUGGCGUUCCGAAACCUGGAGGCAGAUCUGCGACUUCGCUUCCGCCCGAGCCUAUCGAGAUCAUCCGGACCAAGGCCCGCUCCAGGAGGGUUCGUCUCAACGUCGGGGGCCUCAACCAUGAGGUCUUAUGGCGGACCUUGGACCGGCUUCCUAGAACCAGAUUAGGCAAGCUCAGAGACUGUAACACCCACGAGUCUCUAAUGGAGGUGUGCGACGACUACUGCCUGAAUGAGAACGAGUACUUCUUUGAUAGACACCCUGGUGCGUUCACGUCCAUCUUGAAUUUUUACAGAACUGGAAAGCUGCACAUGAUGGAGGAAAUGUGCGCUCUGUCGUUUGGGCAAGAGCUUGAUUAUUGGGGCAUCGAUGAAAUCUACCUGGAGUCGUGCUGCCAGGCUCGCUACCAUCAGAAGAAAGAGCAGAUGAAUGAGGAGCUGAGGAGAGAGGCAGAGACUUUGAGAGAGAGGGAAGGAGAGGGGGAAUUUGAUAACACCUGCUGCCCAGACAAGAGGAAGAAACUUUGGGAUCUUUUGGAGAAGCCAAGUUCCUCAGUUGCUGCUAAGAUACUGGCCAUCAUAUCCAUUCUGUUCAUCGUUCUUUCAACUGUUGCACUUUCCCUUAACACCUUGCCCGAACUCCAAGUGACAGACGAAUUUGGCCAAGCCAAUGACAAUCCUCAACUCGCUCACGUUGAAGCCGUGUGCAUUGCAUGGUUUACAAUGGAGUAUCUCCUGCGCUUCCUGUCAUCUCCAAAUAAGUGGAAAUUCUUCAAAGGGCCGCUAAAUGUCAUUGACUUAUUAGCUAUAUUACCCUACUACGUUACUAUUUUUCUGACCGAGUCUAACAAAAGCGUGCUGCAGUUCCAGAACGUGAGGAGGGUAGUGCAGAUAUUCCGCAUCAUGAGAAUAUUGAGGAUUCUGAAGUUGGCGAGACAUUCAACAGGACUGCAAUCUCUCGGAUUCACCCUCAGGCGCAGCUACAAUGAGCUCGGCUUACUCAUAUUGUUCUUAGCCAUGGGAAUUAUGAUAUUCUCAAGUUUGGUCUUCUUUGCAGAGAAGGACGAGGAUGCAACCAAAUUCACCAGCAUCCCAGCUUCGUUUUGGUGGGCUACAAUCACUAUGACUACAGUGGGCUAUGGUGAUAUUUACCCACAGACUCUGCUUGGCAAAAUAGUCGGAGGACUUUGCUGCAUUGCUGGUGUGCUGGUCAUUGCCUUACCCAUCCCUAUUAUUGUGAAUAACUUCUCCGAGUUCUACAAGGAGCAGAAACGACAGGAGAAAGCCAUCAAGAGAAGAGAGGCCUUAGAGCGAGCCAAGAGAAAUGGCAGCAUUGUCUCAAUGAACCUGAAAGAUGCCUUCGCACGAAGUAUGGAGCUAAUGGAUGUCGCCGUGGACAAAAAUGAUGAUAAACGGCCAAUGGACAACCACCUUUCUCCAAGUCGAUGGGGAGUUCCACAGCGCACAUCCUCAGAUACCAGCCUCAGAUCCUUUGACAAGAAGUUUCCCGACAGCGGGCCAAACGGCUCACGGGAAUAUGUCAGAACGCCAAGUCCGCAACAUCUGAAUGCUCAGAAACUGGAGGAAAUGUAUAAUCAGAUGACAAAGACACAGUCCUUUUCGGAUCUCAAUGCAAUCAACAGCACAGAACCAGCAGCUGUGUCAAACCAUGAGGUAGAGUUCGAGAUGAGGGAAGUCCCGACGGCCACCGAACGGCAGCCCAAGGAAAGAGCCAUCACCGAUAUUAGAAGCAUAUCAAGUGUUGACAGCUUUGCGAGUUGCACCGCUGAAUUUGGACAAGGUGAGAAGAUGUCCAACCCUUCUUAUACAGCAGAGCAGAUUCAGCAAAGGCAACCGAAAGUACCUCCGCACCUUCACCUCGGCCAGCUGACGCCCUCUGAUAUGAGUCCUGAGGAGAACUCUGAGACUCUCAAUCUAGACAUUAACAAGCGACCAGAUGGUGAAAACUUCAAUGAGGUUAUAGAGAACAUUAGAAGCUCCAUUCGAGGCACAAAUCAGAAGACAAAAGGCCUCAAAGUCAACUUCAUAGAAACGCCAGAAGACGCUCCUCUGACACCGCCCAACACAUCUUCACCACAGGAUAUCAACAAUAGUCUUCUGGAAGAUGACUCCCCGGAGGGAGAGUGCUCUCCUCUUUGUUCAGAUUCGGAAAUGCUGGGUAGCAUCCCAUUGAAAGGCUUGGUUCUUUCUCCGAAGAUGCUAGCCGGCGGGUACCAUCCUGGGGAGACGGCGCUGCUUCUGGGGAACCUGGAGGAACAGGAUUACCCUGAGGAACAGAACCAAAUGGAAGUGGCUUCGGCAGCCAUCUCCUCACCCAAACUAGCAGCCCAGAACUGCACUCAAGUGGUAGUCGGUGGUAGUGGAGAAGAAAAGCCAGACUCUAACCAAAGUGAACACAAGGUAGAGAACCACAUGUUUACGCCGGAGAUUCAUCUAAUGCCAGGCGAUGGCAAUCUCUCGCCAUCUUGCGAAACUGGUAUGUGACUCUGGCUUGACAUUCGGACAGAGUGGAGCGCACUGGUGGAGAAAAGGGCACGAGAUGUGGUCUGAAAGAUAUUUUUGCAUGGCAUGAAAAGUCCCUUGUAAUUGUGUCAUUGUCAAUAACGCAAACGAGACUGCAGUUUCUUGCAGACGAGACCUGGAGGACACGGGCGCAAACGAGAGGCUUGUUUAGAAUGUAUUUAACCAACAAUGAGGACAUUGUUGACCUACCUGUACAUUUUACCUUUUCACUUGUUAAUUAUUUUAUAGAGACAGUCAGAACCGUAGAGGGAAAGAUCUACAAGAGCAUGCAUAUUAACAAAGCUGUUUUACGGUGCUUAGUUUGCUGAGAGCACUCCACGGUAAAUAUACAGACUACAGCAAUGACAAUGCACAUAGCCACAGAGGGCAUAGUAGAUGUCAAAGGGUUUUCGUUAGCCUUUUUUCCGUUUUAAUGAGGGAAUUUUCAUCAAAGACUGUGAAAAGUGAGCUGCAAAGUAGCGACGUAUUGAAACAUAUCAUGACUUUCUGUAGAAAUGCAAUGUGUACCUAAUGCAGAUGUGUUUGUUUUAAGAUUUAGGAAUGGUCUAUAAUGUCACAUAUUUAUUUUGGAAUUUUAUUUAUUUUCUGGUUUGGUACUCAAAUUAGCAGCAUCAAAAUCUCAAUUUAAUGACCAGAUGAAAUGCACCACUUUAUUCUUGAUAUCAGAGUUGCAUAUACACCUGUAGUUGCCAAAUGAGAAUAGCAAUCAGAUAAUAUACAGUAGAUGUAAAUGCAAAUUAUAUACUGAAUAUUACGCAUCGCGAUAGCGAUGCCAGGAUAGAGUUAGAUGUCAAAAAGAAGGUUUUAGGUAAACAUAUAUCAUGGGUACAGCAGGUAUGUAUGUCUUAACUUAUCUUUACAUACUCAAUUUAAGAAAAGCUAGUCUACAUAGUGGUAUUAGAGUAAUUUAACCAUCAAAUUAGUGGUUCUGGUCAUUAAAACCUAAUGUUGUUCACAUAUUUCCCUGUUAAAACUCAAAAACCCUGUCCACAUAGUAAUGCUAUAUUUACUUGUAAAAGGACCAAAACACAGUUUUCAUUUACACACAGAAAUCAAACUUAAUCAUUUUUUUCAUUUGACGAGAGUACAGUAGUGUAAAUGCCACUACAGUUUUAAUUUUUCACAUGAGUUGUUUCAUUAUUAUUCAUAUUUCACCAUAUCUGUAUCAUUCAGAUGCCUGACCUUUGAGUCAUUUCUUAACAGCAACUCACAUUUGUCUGGUUCUACUGAGUAUUCAAGAAUAUUUUGUGCUCUUUUGAGUUCUGUAUUAUCAUCUGGCCGACAUGUUUUUCCUGUCACCUAAAGAGAAUAUCCAUUUUAUGUUGCCUUUAUUCCAAGAUUGCUGGAAAUAUAUGUAUAUUACUUGCUUUGGCAUGGCGGUUGGCUGAUUGUUCAAAAUGUACAUUGUGUUUGGAGAAAUCACACAAUCUGAAUGGGCCGAAUGAGGAUUGUGAAAAAGACAAGGAGGAGGAGGAACUCAAGACUUCAGCUGGCUCUUGCGGUUACGCUAUGGUGGAAAGUGCAAUACAGCAUACUGCAAUCUAUGCAGGCCAAGAAUUGUGGCACUUUAUUUACAGUCUAAUGGAUUUGUAAGUGUACAGGCAGAGACUUCAAUUGUAUUUUUCAAAUGAUAUAUCUUUAAUAUUUGAAAUAUCAGUGUUACCACUCAAAAAAAAAAAGAUUUGACGUUCGUGGCUGUCAGAA